AAGCGAACCCGAUCAUAAGCGACGAGAUCUUGCACACCAUGACCAAGUACGUCUGAGUUAAUUUAUCCUGAACAUAGGCACACAUGCCCCGUGGACACGUGUAACAUUCUACUCUCAUUCCCCCAGACAGUUGGAGGAUUUUCAUUAUGUUUAUCCUUGGUGAUUCGGAGCACAGUAAAAACUGUCAUAUCGACCCGGCUUUGUACUUUGUGAAAGUUUGAUUCUUUGGAUAUUACUUUUGGAAUAUUAAACAUUGAUGUUCGGCUGUUGCUUGUAUAGGCCGAGGCCUGACAGCAUUGACUCAUCAUGUUACUACGUGAAACCAAAGGUGAUGCGAGUCAAAGAUGAGCAUCCAAAGACCCAGAGGCUGACCCAGAAGGGUAUGGUCAUUAAUAAACUGGCCACUCAUGUACCAGAUCUCGUACUCGCCCGUUCACAAACAACAAGACUACCAUGCAGCCAAAAAUUUGAAGGGGUACUUAUGUUUGCUGAUAUCUCAGGUUUCACUGCCUUAUGCGAGCGAUACAGCAUGAGUUCACGAUCAGGUUGUGGUACGGACCGUCUUUCUCGAACUCUUAAUGACUAUCUCGGAGAAAUAGUAGAGAACAUCCUGGGCACGGAGGGAGACGUCCUCAAGUUCGCAGGUGAUGCUUUUCUAGCCUUAUGGAAGGUGACUAGAGCAAACAUGGAUCACAUCCUAACACGUGUCAUCAAGUGUGGUCUUCGUAUCCAGGAUAGAUGUGAUAACUGGGACACGGAGGUUGGCGUCAAACUCAGAGUAAAGAUAGCUCUUUCCAUCGGACCUGUCAGAGUCACGACCAUUGGCAAUGAAGGAUGCAUACACUUUGUCCUGAGUGGUCCAGCAGUACUCGAGGCAAACAUUGCUGAGAAGUUUGCUCUAUCAGGCGAUGUCAUCCUCUCUCCAAAAGUUUGGGCCUACUGCCCUGACCAUGAUCUUAUCGACCAUACCUUCAAAUCAGAUGACAAACACAUUGCGGUGACAGCGUAUCAUCGUCGUAAGCCCAUUGAACCUGGGAAAGGUAUGAAAGCAUCUUCAAGUCUUCCAGCCAAUCAACGUCAGCGUGGGGUGGGAGGUAAAGCCCCUCUAAGAGAUGAAAGAUUUACAGGAUGGAGACGACUAUCAACUGGAGCUUAUCUUCUUCAGAACCAGGCUGCUAAUGCUCGUAUGGGAGUUCCUAAACCUUCAAUGACGGAUGCUAUGUAUGGUGAUGCUGAGAUCACUGAUUCAGCAGUUGAACAGGACGCUCGUGGUAGACAGAGACCAGCCGUGUUUGUUUCACCGACAGAUGACGAGAAAGCUCGUUUGCGGAAGUACAUUAUCAAGCCCGUUCUUCAGAAGAUUGACGAUGACAUGCCCCUUGAGUACUUAUCAGAGAUGCGUCAAGUUUCUGUGGUGUUCAUCAACCUUAUCUUUAAAAGUGGCGCCGACAUUGAUGAAAGUGACAGUCUUCAAGAUGCUUUCAACGUCAUAUACGACAGUAUGCUUGCAUUUGAAGGUUGUCUUAACAAAGUCUUCAUGUUUGAUAAGGGGUGCACAUUCUUAGCCAUCUUUGGUCUACCAGGCUACAAACAUGAAGAUGAUUGCGCUCGUGCUCUAAGAUGUUCUUAUCGUAUGAUUGAACUUUUGAAAGGAACAAACAACAUCAUCCAAGCAUCAAUUGGCGUCACAACAGGUGCUUCAUUCUGUGGCGUAGUUGGUCAUGUACAUAGACAUGAAUACACAGUAAUCGGACGUAAAGUGAACAUGGCUGCACGAUUAAUGAUGCACUACCCAAAUAAGGUGUCAUGUGACUCAGAAACAUUCCAUCAUUGUAAACAACCUCGUGCUUUCUUCCAUGAGCUUCCUCUUCGAGAGAUGAAGGGUGUCAGUGAUGCAGGUGUCAUUCAUGAAUACAUCGAAGGCGAUGAGCGCCGUGUUUCAACUGGUUUCAAUGCCGUGUCAAUACCAGAAUAUGAGUAUCCUCUGCUCGGUCGAGAUAAAGAGAUGGCCGUCUUCAUGCGUGAGCUUGAUCUUCUUCACCAGCAGAGAAAACGUGGUGAUCAUCGGCGGAUCAUUGUCUUCCAAGGUGACCCUGGAAUCGGCAAGAGUCGUAUGAUGGAUGCAGCUAUCACGGCAGCUAUCAAAGAUGAUUACACUGUUGUGCCACUAGCACUGACCUUGAAUGAUUCUGGUACUCCAUACUACGUGGUCAAGCUCCUUAUCGCCAUCCUACUCGAGAUGGAAGAUUGUGCUAGUCAUGUUGAAAGGGAGCAUUCUGUUAUUCAACAUGUCAAAGAAGAGAAACUACGUGAGGAUCUUUGUCUACUCAAUGAUCUAUUAGUUCUCAAGUUCCCUACAAACCCACGAUGCCUUCACAUGACCAGUGAGCAACAGACAAAGGCAUUGCACAGACUAUUAGUACAGAUCGUCAAUCAGUCUACCUCGGAUCAGUCUGUCAUAUUCGCUAUUGAUGAUGCGCAUUAUAUCGACAACGAGUCCUGGGACUUCCUAUCUCACCUUGCCUCUAGCAACUCAUCAGCAACUCUCCUACUCACCAUGCGUCCUUUCUCAGAUGUUCAGCUCUGUCCUACAGCUAUGGGUAUCCUUAAUGAUCAGAAGUGCUAUCAUAUCAAGUUAGGACCGCUCAGUAAGAACUGUAUGGCUGCCUUGGCUUGUCAACUCAUGGAUGUUGUCCAAGUGCCAGAAGAACUCGUCAAGAUUCUUCAAGAGAAGAGUCACGGCAUUGCUUCAUGGUGUGAGCAGCUUAUCCGUGAGAUGUUCUCGAGUGACAAACUUCAGUUAGUACCUCGCCGCAGUCCUGAAGCUAAUAAACUGGUCGGUCAGAUCAUGCCUGAUCACUCUGUACUCCAGAAACGAAGAGAGAGUAGUAGUAGCAGCUAUUCAGGAAGGCUUCCUAGAAGUCGAAGAGCAAGCGUCGAUGAGCCUGGACCCGUUGUUCAGCUUCCAGCCGAGACUAUGAGGAGACUUCAGCAGUUAGAUCAGGAUAUAGAGGAAGAUCAAGGAGAGGCAGAUACCAGUGUGGUGUGUAUUGUCGCACCCGGUGUACAACUACAAGACCUUGAAAUACCAGUCUCAAUGAAAGGUAUCAUCGUGUCUCGUAUUGAUCGCAUGAAACCCACUCAGCAACUCAUCGUCAAAUGCGCCUCAGUACUCGGCAUGACAUUCUCUCGUCGGAUGCUGGAAGCCAUCUUACCUCAUAACACCAUAUGGCGAAAGGCAAUCCUACGUAAAGCUAUCCAUGCACUGAUGUUGGCAGGAAUCUUUGAGUGUGCUAUGUACUUCCACGAUACCCACCAUACCUCAAAGAUGAGAAGCACGCUAUGUGCAGUGGUUUCGCAUUCCCAUGGGCAUGGUCAUCGCUUCAAUACAAGAGUUGAAUGUCACUGUGAUGGCUUUGCACCGGAACAUAGUUCUCAUCCGGAAAUAACCAACUGCAGAAAUUUGCGUUUCGUAAGUGCGCUCCUGCAGGAGACUCUGUACGAGAUGCUCCUGCUCGACCAACGCAAGAAACUCCACCGCCUCUCUGCCCUCUUCCUGGAGUCUUUCGCACAUCGAUGUGACUCGUGUGGAGGUGGAGAAUUCUUGGCUGGACAUCAGGAGACUGAGGAAGAGACUGCGCAAGAAGAAAAGGAAGGUGAUGAUGAUAAUAAGAGCGGAAAGGAAUCAUCAAAUAACGGCGUGCCAAAAGAUGAGCCCUCCGGCGGUGACAAAGGAGGGGCUACUUCAAAGAUCAGUACUGAAAAUGAAACAUUGAAGAAAAACGAGACGACAGCCUUGAACGUCAUCCAAGGGUUCCGAGGUCGAAACCAGUCAAUGGUUGAACCCUUGUUAGAGAGCGAAGAAACAGAAAACAAAGAUAACGUUGAUGAUGAGAGGACAACGCAUCAUGCCGAGGAGGGAGAUGAAGAUGAUUUCUCAGAUGAUGAUGAUGAUGAUGAUCAGGGACUAAACAAGUUCGGUACCGGACGCCGUAACACCAUCAGUCUCCGUAAGGGUUCGGUGGACAGUACUCUUAGCAUUAUAAGUUUUGAUGAGAAAGAUGAAUCAAAGGACAAGAGUGUCAACCGGACACACCGAGCCAGCAAGCUUGGUAUGGAGUUUGAUAGUCUAGAUCUCCGAGAAUGCAGCUGUGCAGACGUUCUGAACUCCAUCCUAUCUCAGAUAGUGAGACAUUGGAGAGCAGCAGGCAACACUGCCAAGACCAUCUAUUAUUUGCUUGAGGCUGGAGCUGCCGCAGUCGCUACAGGCAACAACAUGCAGGCUAUGUCAUAUCUACACGAAGCCACGCACUUCAUUAGUGAGCUUGACGAAGGUAAGAAACCAUUAGCUGAAGAUCCCAAAGAACCACAUGAGAUCAUCAUCAAGACACAAGAGAGAGCCAUCAUUGAGAGGAUGAUUGGACAGACGAUGUUUCGGAUGGGUCGAGUAGAAGAAUCUAUACCUCACUUCUAUCGAGCUUUGACCGUACUACAGAAUGAGCAACCACGUAGUAGGACUGGUGUAUGGGCUAGUGUCGUCAGGGCUGGUUUCAAGCAGUUGAUGCAUCUCUCUUUCCCCACCAGACUCCAUGGCAGAAUCAGUUCCAGUAAUUGGAAUCGGUUCAACGAGCAAGCCAGAUGUCUCUCUCACCUGUGGUACUUUCACCACAAUAAUCGUGACUUCAUGCAGGCACUUUUGGCAGUCUUACAGCAGAUGAAUAGAUCAGAAGCAGCGAAUAAUGAUCUCAGUGAGGUUAUUAGGUCAUAUAGCAACAUGAUGGAAACAUGCCAUUCCUACCACUGGAGGAAAAUGGGACGACGCUAUGAAAAAAUCGCUAUGCAAAGAUGCGUUUCAUCUCCACGAGAAGUAGGAGCAGAAGAGCUAGCAGUUAUCAGCCAUCUGUACUGUGUUAGCAUGAAAAUACGACUCGCUCAUGGCAAGAUUCAAGGUGCCAUUGACACAGGAUACAGCGCUCUGAAAGUAGCUGAAAAGCUUCAUGAUAAUGAGAUGGCAAUUCAAGUACUACCUACACUUGUCAGAGCUCUGAUGAUUGCUGAAAGAACGUCAUCAGCAAUUGAGAAACUCAAAAAGUUGGAUUAUGCCGCCGCUGAGGAAGAAGAUGUACUCGGUAAGGGACUCUACAAUAACGGAUGCAUAGAUCUUGCUUUAGAGACAGGUGUAUCUUUAGAGAGUCAUGACGCUCUCACUCAGUUCUGUCGACAUGCAGCCAGUGAUUCAGCUUUCUCCAUCAAUACUGUACCACGGUUCCAUCUCAUGGCUUGCCUGGCUGUAUGGUGUGCUCGCCAGGGUCGAUACGAGAUGACCAAUGAGUGGUUGGUUUCAAUGGAAGUUCUGAUUCCUGUUCAUCCAACCUGCUUCCUUGCCAUAGAUGGUCUUCUUAAACUAGCCGAAUGUCACCUUAUCAACUACUACAACUGCUUCAACAGUGCCUACCAGAGUACUAGAGAAAGAUCUCGUGUUAAAGCAAAAGAGAUUCUUGAUCAUCUGAAAGCUGAGAUGAAGCUCUUUCCAGUCUUCCUACCUCGGUUAUUGCACAUGAAGGCUUACUACGCCAUGCUCCUAGGUAACAGAAGGCUAGCCAAGAAGCUCCUCACCAAGUGUCUGAAGGAAAGCGAGAAGAUGAGCAACCUGAUGGAGCAGAAGUGGGCUCAACAGAGUUGGGAUUCUUGGGCUGACACGACUGAAGAGAAUGUAAAGAGACAGGAAGGAUUGUGGCUGGCUAGGUCAGCAGAUGAUUCCACCGGUAAAGGAGGUGCAUCUGAUAUUGAACCGGUCAAGUUUCUCUUGCCUUUCUCUCGACCAGAAGCAAAUUGAUUGAUGAUCUAUAGGGCGUUUGAUAAGGAACAUAUACAAGUGUGGUGAUUAUAUGAUUAUAGGGCUCAUCACACAAUCAUAUUAAAGUUUCUAUGAUAUUUAUAGUUACCAUCACACUAUAAUCAAAUCAAUGUGUCUAUGGUAGAUGCCGCACACAUUAUGGUUACCACACUGGCUGAGUUACCGUAAUCAUAAUUUCUUUAUGAAACGGGGCCCCGAUCCCCACACCUUUGUAUCAAAGGCGGUGCUUGCUGACUCUUCAUCCCUUAUGGUUAAUUGUGAUUUAGUUCUAAUAAGUGGCUGUCUAAGGACAUCCAUAUCAAUUCAAUGAAAUUUAAACAGUUAAUUGAUGUUAUUUACAUUGGUUCAGAGACAUUUACAUUGUUGUUUUAUGCUAGUUAGAUUUGUCAAAUUGUUGUAUUUGAAUUUGAAUCGUUGCUGGAAAUGUUACUGGAAAAUAGUUAUGUCCUGAUGUCAAAAUGAUUGCACAAUCUGAAUGGUUGGUCUUUGAAUGAUUCA